GCCGCCGCGGAGCAAGCCCGGGGCCGCCCUGGAGGAGGAGGAGCCGCAGGAGGGAGCGAUGCGAGGAAGGCGGGGGGCCGGGCUCCCCCACCCCCCACCGCCCGCCCACCUCUUCCCCGCGCCCGCGGCCCGGGGGGCAGGUGUCGGCUCCGGUGAGGAGCACGUCCUAGAUCUGGAGAGUCUGGCCGGUCCCGGGAGGGGUGGGGUUAUUUGAGUCACCCUCCCUGGCUUCCUCAGAUGUGAAGUCGAGACCCGGGGUUGGCCGCGGGAGCCCUUCCCAGCGAGAGAGGGGGCGGAUCGUUCCCGGGGAGGUGGGGAGAGGCUGGUCCAGAAAGGACUCUCGUGAUCCUACCCCAUGGCCCGGAGAUUCCCCACAGCCGCCAGAUCCCAGAAGGUGGCAGCAAGAGGAGACGCUGAAACUCCACACCGGGACGUCCGGAAGCCGCUGGAUUUAUUUUAGAGCCUCCAACCGAAGCUGCUUUCAAACGGAGAAGAAGCUGCCGGGCACUCCGGCCCCUCUCAGGUUCUCUCCCGCAUUGCUGCUGAUCCUCAGCUCGUCACCCCAGAGCGGGGAGGCCCUGUGCUGGGCUGGCUUCCCUGGGGAGAGCCCAACUGCUAAGAACCAAAGAAGCCAAUCCCAAGUGAGAGUGGGGAGGAGAGCGGGCCGCUCCUCUGAUCUCUGGACCUGAUUUUUUUCUCCUCCCCCCCCCCUUUUUUUUUUACUUCCCUAGCGGUCGGUGCCUUAGUUUUAUGGGGGUUUCUUCUCCCUCCCCACAAUUGUUCCUCCCGCUCUUGGCUUCGGUGCUUGAUGGGGCUGCCCGUCGGAGGGGCGGUCUUCGCGGCGGCGAGCAGCAGCGAAGAAAUACAAGGGGGAAUCCCUCGAUGCGGGAGGCGACCCUGCCCUCGGCCACUAGCCCGGGGUCGCUUCCCUUAGCUCUCUCCCGCUGAGACUUUCCCCUCCCCGAGACGAACGGAGCGAGUUCCCCCGCCAUGUCCUCCAAGCCCGAGCCGAAGGACGGCCGCCAGCAGAGCGAGAGCGUCCCACCCGCCCCCUUCUCUCCGGCCGACGGCCCCGGCCGGGAGCCGACGGCCGGGCCCUCCGAGCUCCUGGGUCCGGACGGGGAGUCCGGGGUGGAGGUGGUGGUGGCGGAGUCGCGAGCCAACGCCAAGGGGCUGCGGGAGGAGGACGCGCUCCUGGAAAACGGCAGCCAGAGCAACGAGAGCGACGACACCAGCGCCGACCCGGGGCCCGAGGCCGCCUCCCCGCUCAAGGAGACCUCCUUCUCCAUCGGCCUCCAGGUGCUGUUCCCCUUCCUGUUGGCAGGGUUCGGGACCGUCGCCGCGGGCAUGGUGCUGGACAUCGUGCAGCACUGGGACGUUUUCAAGGACGUGACCGAGGUCUUCAUCCUCGUGCCCGCGCUGCUGGGCCUGAAGGGAAACUUAGAGAUGACCCUGGCAUCGCGGCUCUCGACAGCUGCAAACAUCGGGCAAAUGGACACCCCCAAGGAGCUGUGGCGGAUGAUAACGGGGAACAUGGCGCUCAUUCAGGUGCAGGCCACGGUGGUGGGAUUCCUGGCAUCCAUCGCGGCCGUCAUCUUCGGCUGGAUCCCGGACGGCCACUUCAGCGUCGGCCACGCCGUCCUGCUCUGUGCCAGCAGCGUGGCCACUGCCUUCAUCGCCUCCCUGAUCCUGGGCAUGAUCAUGAUCGGAGUCAUCAUCGGCUCCCGGAAAAUUGGCAUCAACCCGGACAAUGUCGCCACCCCCAUCGCUGCCAGCCUGGGGGACCUCAUUACCCUGGCUCUCCUCUCGGGCAUCAGCUGGGGCCUCUAUCUGGAACUGAAAGGCCGGCCCUACGUCAACCCUUUGGUGUGUGCUUUCUUCGUGGCUCUGUUGCCCGUUUGGAUUGUCCUCGCCAAACGCAGCCCGGCCACGCGGGAGGUGUUGUACUCGGGCUGGGAGCCAGUCAUCAUUGCCAUGGCCAUCAGCAGCGUGGGUGGUCUGAUCCUGGAUAAGACGGUCUCAGACCCCAACUUUGCCGGCAUGGCUGUCUUCACACCGGUGAUCAAUGGCGUCGGGGGCAAUCUGGUGGCAGUGCAAACCAGCCGCAUCUCUACCUACCUGCACAUGAAUGGGAUGCCGGGAGAAAGCUCGGAGCCCGGGCCGCGCCGCUGCCCCAGCCCCUGUACCACCUUCUUCAGCUCUGAUGUGAACUCUCGUUCCGCCCGUGUUCUGUUCCUGCUAGUCGUACCUGGGCACCUGGUGUUCCUCUACACCAUCAGCUGCAUGCAGGGUGGACACACCACCCUCACCCUCAUCUUCAUCAUCUUCUACAUGACCGCUGCGCUACUCCAGGUGGUGAUCCUCCUGUACAUCGCAGACUGGAUGGUGCAUUGGAUGUGGGGCCGGGGCCUGGACCCCGACAAUUUCUCUAUCCCAUACUUGACCGCGCUGGGCGACCUGCUGGGCACGGGCCUCCUGGCCCUCAGCUUCCACAUCCUCUGGCUCAUCGGAGACCGGGACACCGACGUCGGGGACUAGCUUAGCCUGCUCCUCGCCUCUCCUGGUGUCUGGUCUCUUCCCUCUUGUCUCGUCCCGCUCCAGCCCUCCCACUCUUCCUCUCCCUCCCUCAACUUCACCCCGAUACCGAAUCCUCAUUAUUUUCAAUGGGGAUUUUUAUAUGGCAAGCCGCCUCCCUACAGAUGUGGUUGGAAGAAGGAUAGAAGGGAAACUAAAGCCCACGUCAAGACUAAGACAAUCACCAAGUGCAAUUUCCCGGCUGGGGGCUCCACCCGGGGUGGGUCAGGAUCAUAUCCACGCCUGAAGGACCCAGGUAUUUGAGGGGCAGAAUCCGCGUCUCAUGGCUCCACUCCCGGUGAGCGUUGAUGCUAACGGAACCCCUCUGUAGAAUCUGGUUUUGUAGGGGGGCGGUCCCUGGAGCACCCCACCCCCCUCUAUAUGCUUGUCCUUAAGGUCAGUGGCCACCCUCACUGAGGGGUGGAGCCUGGUGGGAUGGGGAGGUGGAGAAAGGUGGCGGGGAAGAGUGGGAGGACUAACCUACUACCUCCUUCCUUCUUCCCAUCUCCUCUCUUUCCCCUUCCCUCUCCCCAACCCUUCCCUUGGGUUGACCGUGCUCUACUGUCCGUCUGGAAUCACAUCUUUCAAGUCCAUCGACUUUCCCCAGUCCCUCCUCUUCCCCGCCACGAGCUCCUGGGAACUUCUGACAGCGAGUGAAAACAUGUUUCUCUUCCUUUCUCCCUUUCCCCUGCCCCCUCCUCCUCUUCCUCCCUCACCUCCCCGGCCAACUGGUGGCUCUUGGGUCCCGUCGUGGCCACGUACCAGGACCGACAAGCCUGAGGGCCCAGAAGACAGGCUCAGUGGGGGAGGCCCCUCAGAUGUGAAGUGGACCUUGCUCCAGUGGGAGCCUUCGCUUCUCUCCCUGCCCUCCCACGACAUCAUCCCAGGAGGCUUGGGCCGCCCAAGGAGCUGUGUGGGUUAGGCUGGGCUGAGGCCAGUGACUGGUCUCUGAGGACGAGAGAGGCCUCGCUGGAGGGUAGCAGGGAGAACCACCGCCCAAGACCCAUGGGAAAGAUGAAGUAAGGCCAUCUGGGCUCCGAGUUGUUCCUCAAAACAGAUCCUGUCUUCCUAUUGGUGGGUGGAGGUCGCGGAGGGAGGAGGGUAGGGUUAUACUCCUCCUCCUCGGGCCUGGCCCGGGCGCUGACGUGCAGCCCGCCUCCCCCUCCUGUGAGGAUGGGGCUCCUCGCUCUCCCUUGCCGGAGUCAUUUGGGAAUGUGGUGUCAUCAUGGGGUUGGCAUUUUCAUCCCCCAAGCAAGCUCCCUUUUAACCUUGACCUUUGGCACUUCCUCAUUGUCGAUUCGCUUUCUAGAAUCAUCGGCGUCACAGUGCCAAGUUUCCCCUCUGGUCCCCCGACCGGCUCCGUCCCGCGGGGAUCCUGGCCUGCUCCCCUUUUGCUAGCCAGGGUCACUCCGCCCCCUCCAGCCGCAGCUUUCGGCCCUCAGCCUCUUAAGCUGGGCCCGGCUCUACGCCAGGCUGGGAGCCCUAGGAAACAGGAGAAGGUGCACAAGGUCCCCACGUGGACCCACCGGCCAGAACUAAAUGAGAGCUCCAUGGUGGAGUUGGCCCAGCCCCCCUCCCCCAGGCACAGUUGGGAAGGCGGGGGACCACUCCCACCCCCGGCCCAAGGAGAUGAGACUCUCCACCGAGGCCCGGUGCAAUCCCAGCCCGCUUCAGACUUCUCUUCUCCUACUUCUCCAGCCCCCUUCAGAAUGCCUUCCUCCAGUGAACUGGCACUGAGUUCCAGCCCGGGCAGGGGCCAUACCUGGAGCCCGACCUCAAGCCCCGCAGCGGAGACACCAGCAAGAGUAGAAUUCCCCUGACCCCCCACACCUCUAUCCCAGUCUCCUCCCGGGAUUCCUCCCCGCUUCCUGUCCCCGUCCUGCCCCCGCCCCGUGCAGAUGAAGGGAUCUGGGGAGAGGGCAUCCCCACCCGAACCCCCGGGCGUGGGGCUGAGGGUCUCCGGCCUGGUGCCUGUGAGGCUGUUACUUCCCCUGAGCCGCUUGGAGGAACUAUCCAGGUGAGCUGGUAGGAGGAGAAAAGAAUAGAACUGAAAGGAAAAUGCAGUGGAACCGACUUUUUAUUUUUGUUUUUUUCCUCAGAUUGGACAAGCUGCAUGUAAAUAUAGGUCAGGCUGCAAGGAGCAAGAUGGGUUUACUCUUUGUAUUCUUUAAAAAAAGAACUGUCUUUAAAGAAUUAUUUAUAGUUGCUAUAACUGAAUUGACAAUUGUCAACCUAACUGAUAAAUUAUAUUUGGUAAAAUAAAGAUGACAUUUAUUUAG